AUGCUUAUCAGCGGUAUUACCCAAUAUGGCGGUAUAACUUGUUCUAUCAUGGCGAUACUGCCAACUCACCAUAGUAGAAAUUUUCAUCCUAUUCCCGUCAAUAGAUCGGGUCUUAGGCUUAGGGAAAAAUAUGUAUUAAUGUUAAUAUUUAUAGCUUUCCUCUUUCUAUGUUUUGGAGCAUUUUUCUUCGUACCAGACCUAAGAGAUAGAACAUAUCUUGAGGACGCAUACAGGAGGUUUGUUGGUGGCGGAGGGGACAUUGUGCCAAUAAAGGCCCCAAAGACACCGAUUGUUAAAAUAGCAGGUGAAUGUUUAUCCCUUAUUUUCGGGUAAAGAGUAUGUGAACAAGGAGCCAUUGAAUAGUUCUUGUGGUAUUUUACAGUGAAAUUUAUUAAUCAUAGUAAUUCUUUAAUUUGCAUGCUGAUAGAUGACUUUACUCCGCAAGUCAGUGAAUUUAGCAAACCAGAGACUUCCGAUACUAACCGAGGAGAAACAGGUCAAUUAUCAGAGAUGACAACUUCAAAGUUAUCUUUAACACACAAGGAAUUGAUAGAGAUGAUAAGGAAGGACAAAGAGAAAUUCAUCAAAGAUCAAAAGGCUGAGGAAGUUGCGGUAAGGGACGCUAGAAUCGAGCAAUUAGUUAACAAUUCCAAGGUGGAUGACACUGGUGCUAAGGGAAUCACUGGAGGGGAACCUGCCGAUGAAAGGACUAGAGAGAGAAGAAAUUUUAUCAAGAGGGUGAGUUAAUGAAAUACCGCCUACUUUGUGAACAUUUUAUCACACAAUGUUACGAUACUGAAUGGUGGUUAAAGUGACAUCUUUUUUUAGAUCCUCAUUCAAUUGUUGUCAACAAUGAACACAUUCAACUGCGGCUCUAAUUUUUCAUUGCAGCCUCUAAAAAAUAGAAUUCUUUGUCGUAUUUUACAAUGGAUCAGUUUGAUGCAGACUUCCUUGAAUCUGCGCUUGAUUGAUUAUUCUCCUCACUAAUUUUGUUUUUAAUUUUAUUAUAUUUAGGAGAUUCGUUUUUUUUGUAUAUUUCACAGUUAUGAAGAAACCUACUUAAUCCGUUUAACUAUUGAAACAAGUCAGAUUGAUUAAGAUUUCGUGACUUAAGGCUAUUUUGAAAUUCCAAUUCGCGAAGAAUUCAGCACUGUUUAAAAACUGUUUUUUAUGUCGAGAAAGAUGUUUUUUCGUCUUGUCACGAGCGUGGGACAAAGAAAAUAAUUCUAAGUCCCCAUGAGGAAUCGAACCUCAGACCUUCGAAUUCCGCGCUCCGAUGCUCUAACCACUGUUUUUUAUGUCUUUUUCCUUUGGAUUUGUUAUGUUUCCAACUUACAGCAUUUCGUGUUUAAUAUAUUCGUGUCGUUACGCGUUAUGUAAAGCGUGGAGUGUCAUGUUAAUUAUAUUCAGUGCUUUGUUUAGAUAGCUUUAGUUAACUUAUAGGGAAAAUUUGAUCAGCUGUUUUGUUUCUUAGUUAAGGGAAAAAGGGAAAGAGAUCAAUCCAAGCUUUCUGUUUGUCAAAAUAUCCCCAGUUCAAGGUUAAGAGAACUUUAAUAACUCAGACUAAAUGUAGUUGUCAGGCUAUAUUUGGAUUAGCCAACACAUUCUAUCUGUCUACUUUAAAUGAAGUGUAUCAGAAUUUGUUCACAGAAGGUUACUUUUCUGAUUGUUUUCUGAUUGAUUGGCCAAAUGGGUGAAUUUAGUUUUAAGAGUUUUUUUGGAGCUGUGUUAUUUCUUUUGUUCAAGUCAAUUUGUACUAGUCAAUUGAGUGUUUUUGUUCAUUUGGAAAAUGAGAAGCAAUCAUUGUUCCACUUUUACUCAAAUAACUGAUUGUAAGAGGGCCUCAAUAGAUGUAUACUUUUUAUGCUAUAGUACUGUUUGAAAGCUCAAGACUAAGCAAUUGCAUCGUAAUACACCUUUUUGUCAACAGUAUAUGUUUCAUAAGCAAUUCACUGGUUUACAUCCUCUACGAAAGAAAAAAAUUUAAAAAAUAAAGAGAGAGAGAGAAAAUGAUGUAAUUAAAAGCUUCCUGUGUUUAGUGUCAGUCAACUUUGACAACCUGAUUUACACCAUUUGCAAACUACUGAUCACCCAAAAAAGAGAUCAAAGGUGUUAUUUUUUUUCCUUCCAUACCUCAUUUCUGUGCAUUACCUUAAUCACAAUAUACAGUUUCAGAGAGCAUGUUUGUUUCAAAAGCCAUACAGUAUUCAUUCAACUCUAAGAAUGACUAUUGUAAAUAAUUUGUUACUACAUAAAAACCCAGAUUAUCCAGAUUUUUGUAUUAUUCAGAUUUGCUUCUCUGGUCAUAGGUAUUUAUAGUUGUUAUUUCUGGGUUCAAAAUACUUUUGGCUAAUAUUAACAGUUCAUACACAAUGAUUUGAGAAUGUGCUUCAAUUGUCGCACCAUUUAUUCAUUUUAUUUUUGGCUCUAUAAUAUUCUUAGUUUUGAUUAUAUGGAUUCAAUUAUCCCAGCUACUCAGCUUAGUCCUCAGGAGUGUGGAUAUUGAGGUUUGACUCUGAUGAUGACUUCCACUCAGGCUGUCACAAUGUCAGUGACAACUGCAGACAACAGUCCUUCUAAGGGCCACACCCACCUGGACCAUCAGACUACACAGUCACAAUAAUUUUAGUGUCAGAUAAUUCUAAUGCAUUUUUCCCCAUUAGAUGAUGGAACAUGCAUGGAAUGGUUAUGUAAAGUAUGCUUGGGGCAGUAAUGAGUUGCGACCAAUUAGCAAGUCAAGCCAUGCAGCAAGUAUAUUUGGAGCUUCCUCGUCUGGUGCAACAGUCGUGGAUGCUUUGGACACAUUGUACAUUAUGGGCAUGAAAGAUGAAUUUGAACGUGCUAGAAAAUGGGUGGCAAUGUCUCUAAGUUUUAAUCAUGUGAGUAUAAUCAAGUUCAUGCAACGAUGAAAGUGUCCAAGCAAAGGGUUUAAUUUAAAAAUGGCUAUUAUGCCUUUUUACCUUAACAUGACUAUGCAUUUUCUCCACACUGUUCUCUAUACAUUUCCUAAAGUACCGACAAGGAGAAUUUGUUUAACAAUCACAAGCUUCUUUAGUUGGUGAUCAUUUCCUUUAUUCUCAUGACCUUAAUGUGUGAUUCAGGGUUGGCAUUGUAAGGAGAAAUUAGAUGCUAGUCACUCUUGAGUGUCAAAGGGUUAAUAGAGGUUAACCUUGACAUUCAUGGCAAACAGCAAAUGGCAGUAUGCUUUCAGUUGUUUUUAUACUAAAGUUGAAACAUGUGUGAUCACCUAUUUACAUGUCCACUUCCAAUAUUUCAUUAGUAAUUCUCUUAGUUUAUAGUCUGUGGUACAAUUCUUAUGAUGUUAGUUCAGAGAAUUUGGUAUUGGAUCAACUAGUAAACCCUAAGUGAUACUUUUCUCUAUACUCAUCACUGGUCUGCUUGAUGUUGUAUUGAUAUGGUACGAGAAAUUCUGUUAGGGUCACUCAUGGGAGUUUAAGGGUUAACUCUGAAAAAGAGAUUUGUGGCUCUUUUUAUACACCAGAUUUAAACUGCAAAAAGUGCAGAAAAGCACAAUUUAUUUUGGCAGUUUUCUAGUGCUGUUUGUAUCAUGGUUAACUCAUUAAUGUAAAUGUAUCAAGUGAAUGCUUAAAUGUACAGAUAAUGAUCCUGCCCUUCCAAAUGUUCAUCUAAAGUUGUGUGUGUGCUAUUUUACAUUCACUGUAUUAUCCUUAUGUGUACAUGUGUAAUAAAUCAUAAAUAGAAGAGAUUCUUAUAAAUUGUAUGAGACAUGCAUUCUAUAUUAUUCUUCAUAGGCGUCAGAUGUAUCUGUGUUUGAAACUACAAUUCGCUUUCUUGGAGGACUACUCUCUGCUUACGCAUUCAGUGGAGAAGAGGUUGGUUGAGUUAUAACAAAAAUUCUUAAUACAUUGUAUCUCUAUUUAUUACCUUUCUGAUCUUUUUUUUUUCUCUCAUUACCUGACUGUAAUAAUUGAUUUCUUUCCUCAGGUUUUUAAGGUAAAAGCUAAGGAAGUAGGGGACAAAUUGUUACCUGCAUUCAAUACUCCAACUGGAAUACCUUGGGCCAUGGUUAAUUUUGCCAGGUAUGUGAUUUUUUUUGGCAGAAUAAUCAGACUCGUUAAAAGCACAUAGCCAAGGAUGCAAUCAAGCAUUUCUGAUACUGUGAUCAUUGAAAAUGAUGGAAAACCUUUUCUUUAUUAUCCAGUCUCGAUGGAAUGUGUUCAUUUUGUUUUCAAACUUAUCUGUUGUAAUGUGAAAAGUGGUUCAGUGCUCAACACUGUGUACUUUGCAGCAUCAUCUGCUUAGAGUGUUCUUCAAAGAAAAAAUUUUUAAAAAAAAACCUGUCCUCCAAAUUUUAUUCAUUUUAAAGUGCAAUCAGGUUUCUAUUGCUCUUUGGAAAUAAGGUCCUCUAAUGCUCUCUGUUAGAUUAUUUCUUUAUUUGUUCUUUCCACAGUGGCAGUGGACACAAUUGGGGUUGGGCAUCUGGGGGAUGUUCCAUUUUAGCAGAGUUUGGCACCCUGCAUCUGGAAUUUGUUUAUUUGUCAAAGAUCACAGGGGACCCAAUCUAUGCCAAAAAGGUGAGAAUGAAGUUUUGGGAAGUACAUCAAUGAACAAAUAAACAAAUGGAGAGAGUAAAAAACAAAAAAACAAAAAAACAAAAACAAUUGAAUGAAUAGCCAAAUAAAAUAUGUCUUGAUUGAAAUUGGUCUAUAAUGAAACCAUAUACAUUAGUAGCAGAAAAAGAGAACACACUUUGAGGAGACCAGAAAGAAACUAUAAAGCAUAUCCAAAAUUUAUCCGUUGUUGACUGCCUUAAUUAAAAUACUCCAUGUGUCUAAAAUACUUUGUGCAAAGAACUCUUUUAGUAAAAUGCCACAAACUUGGAAUCUGUACAAUUUUAGUAUAAAUGGUUUUGUGUACAUCUUUAUAGCUUAUCUAUUCAUUUUUUAUAUCACUCAUGUACUUGUUGUAUAUUUAGGAAUCAGUUUAUUUAAACCAUAAGUCCUCAAUGGUAAAACCUUGUCUCUCCUUUACAACAUCCAUUUUACUUGUAAAUAUAAUUGUUAACUAGUGGAAAUAGUUUACAGCUGGCCUGUGUUUCUGGUCCAGGUUUACAGAGUACGAGAAGUCCUUGAUCAAAUAAACAAGCCCAAUGGAUUGUAUCCCAACUACUUAAACCCCAGAAGUGGAGUUUGGGGCUCACGUAAGCUGUUUUGUAUUUUUUUUUAACACUGUUUUUUUAACCCCAUUUUCAAUUUGCUAAAAAUAAUUAUGAACAUUAUUUUAGAGGACCAGUUGUAAUCAAUUAUGUCUUUCUUAUGUCUCUCAAGGAACAAGAAACUAGUUCACUAGUCUUUAAGGAGAACCACCUUGAAAAAGAUUUUAGAGUAGGGUAGUAAGACAGAGUCCAGGACUGAGGCAGCAUCAAACCAUUUGCUUUAAACAACUUCUCUAUGUAUAUCUUAGUAGACGUUUUGGUGUGUAGUACUGCUGAGUAUUUUUACAAGUUGUGUUGUAUUUUGAUGAGCUUGUAGGACAAGUCAAAUACAAACAGUGAGUGAAAAUACUCAACAAUACUACACACCAAACUACUAAUAAGUUUUAAAUUUUUUAUUAUUUAACUGCUUUUUUCUGCAAAGUCUUUCUGCUCACUUCUCAUAAGUAUGGAAAAGCAAAGUGGACAGAGAAGCGUGAUGCAUGCAGCCUAUUGGUUUAAUAGGUUUUUUACAGUACAAAAUAACCAACUGUACAAUAUCGCAGGAUAUUUGUACCCUAUUCACACAUUAUAUGUAAUCUUCUUUGUACAGUUGGAUUAUAAUACUGGGUUAUUUCCAGCCACAGAAUUUUAUUGAAUAUGCCACAUUCCCUUUUAAACAACAGAGCAUGUUUCAUUGGGUGCAUUGGGAGACAGUUUCUAUGAAUACUUAAUCAAGUCAUGGGUGAUGAGUGGAAAAACAGACAAUGUGGCUAGGCGGAUGUAUGACAAAGCUGUGGAGGUUGGUAACCUAUAUUUUGCAUCUUGUUUUACAGUUAAUUUUAUGGUACAAUCUACCUCACCUACAAUGUAUCCAGUGUACAUGUAUAGGUCACCAAUUCCUCCUUCAUCCUUUAUGCUUAAGUUCAUUGGCAAAGCAGGGCUAUCAAUAAAUUUUGAAGCAGACUGUAAAAACUGCAAAGGAGGCAGCUAAAUUAAAUGGAAUAUUGUUUUUUGCUCCAAUAUUGAAAAAAAAAGGAAGCAAUUUCUCUUGACUCAGAGGGCAAAUUUUAUUGGUAACUUGCUCAUAUUGAAACCCCCAGUAAAGGGUCACAUGUUUCAAGCCAGAUAGCCAGUCACUUGCAGAUUUUAUCCCAGAAUCUUUUACCCCUGGCAGUUUUUUGUACCCACUUAUACCUGUGGAAGGAGAGAGAGGCUCUGUCACAGUAAAGUGUUCUAUCCAUUCACUCUCUACACUCUAAGAUCAGAGUGCAUAUUCCCCAACACUGUUUUCUAGACAUUUCUAAUGGUCCUGAAGAGGAGAAUUUGUAGAACAAUCAUGAGCUUUUUCAGUUGGAGAUCAUUUCCUUUAUCCUCUUGACUGUAACAUUUGAUUCAGAAGUGAUAUUGUAAGGAGAAAUUAGAUGCUUGUCACUUUUCAGUAGGGAUUGAAUGGUUAACAUAAUGUUCUGACUGUGCCAGACCUUGUGUUUGAAAGUGCCCCAUAACAGCGAGGCUAAAAAUUCUCCUAGACAAAAUAGUUUUGACGAUGUCUAUUUUGUCCUUUUUUACUUUUUUAGGCCAUAGAAAGAAUGUUGGUUCAAAAGUCACAGCCUUCCAACCUUACAUACAUUGCAGAGUACAAGUAUGGCAGGCUGGAACACAAAAUGGAUCACUUGGUGAGAGUCAGAUUAAAGCUCUCCAAGAGUCAUCUUCGUUGUUGUUUAUUUUUAAAUAAAAAGCUGAACAUUGUUUCCUCAGUAGUCAUUUAGUAAUGAGAUUGUCCAGGUGACAGAAGUCCUUUCUAGGCCUUUUUGGAGAACCAGAGUGGGAGUUCUCAACUUAAUCCAAGUGAUAACUUCUACUCAGCUUGUCAAAAUAUCUUUCACUACCACCAAUAGUGGUGCAUGUCAGGACUACUACUACUACUUGCUUGCACAAUCAUAUUACACAAGGGACACUUAUUCUCAGGUUUAAACAGUUACCUUUUACCAUAUUGUUCCAUCAUAGUGAUCAAGCUUAAGUAAGGUUUUGACAAUUAGCAUAACAUCAUGAUUUUUCAUUUGAUUUAAGGCUUGUUUUACUGCUGGGAUGUUUGCUCUUGGAGCUAAAGGUUCUAGAAGUGAGAAACAUUUCAUCAACCUUGGUGCAGAACUUGCUAACACAUGUCAUGAAUCUUACCGCAAAACAGGUAAUCCAGUAAUGCUGCUAUUGGCUUAAGGUAUGCCUUGUUAAAAUAGAGCAUUUCCUAAGCAAAGAGGUAAAAAAUUUGAUCUUAAAUCAUAUUUUGAAAGCGAAGAAAGAAAAUUUUUUAUUCUUGAAUUAUUUUCAACAGUGUUACCAUUUUAUCAUAGUAAGUAAUUGUACUGACAAAUUCAAGUUAAGGAGUAGCUCAUACAUCAGUAGGUUAUGGAAGGUCAUAAAAAACAAUCUAUAGCAUUUCUUAAAACUUUCCUUAAACCAUGUAACAAGAAGUAACAGAAUCAAAUGAUCAUUUUGACAUUAUUUUUAAAACAAAUUUUGUAUUGUAAGUCACUGGAAAUAUUUUGAUAGUCCCAGAGGAGGUAAUAGAGAGUCAUGGAAUUUUGUAGCAUGAGAGUGGAAGAAUUCUGGUCAGAGAAAGAGGGCAAAUCAACAAGAAAAUCAGCCCCAUAUUGUGCCAUUUUCAGCAAUGAAACCCAGAUCACAGUUGGGAAUGCAAUUUCUCUCACUUCUGCAGUUUAUCUGUAACUGUCAAGGGUGUGAGCCAUGUCAAAACAUUUUCUGUAGUGGAUGAUGAGGCCUCAAGGCACUCUAUUUUUUUAUUACAAGCUUUCACCCAAACUAUGUUAUCAUAUCCUUUAACUUAAAAUAAAAAAAGAAAUACAGUAGCUCAAGCCCUCAAUCAAAUUGUCCAUUGAAUCAACAUGUUACUGAAGGAUAACUUUAAAUGUUUUUUUCUGUAGUGAUAAAUAGAGGCCAGAAAAUUCUAGUCAAAUUUAGAACAUGGUGUAAACCUUCUAAUUCAUUUGUAUAGCUACUGGUAUUGGCCCAGAAGCCUUCAGGUUUGAGGGACCUCAUGAGGCAGUUGGUAUUCGCGUGAAUGAGAGAUACUACAUUCUUCGACCAGAAGUGAUUGAAGGAUACUUCUACAUGUGGCGGUUUACUCAUGAGCCUAAGUAUCGUGAAUGGGCCUGGGAGGCUGCUCAGGUUAAUAAUUAAUUUUUUUAAAUAUUGUUCAUCUCACCAGAAUUACCAGGAUAGCUAAGGGAAUGUUGGAGAAAUUUUUUUUCAUUGUCAGGGAAAAGUUAGGAAUCUUAAAAGGGCCAGAGACUUGUCGUGAAAAAGCAAUGAUUGGUUUUAAUACUUUGCCAAUUGCCUGUGUAGAUUAAAUAUGCUUUUAGUUUGUGUUCCUUCAAUCAACAGAUUGAUUCAGAAGGACUGUUUUGUCAACUCUUUUUUUGUCUUUUUCACAUUUUAUUUUUCCUCUUUUUCUCAUCCAGUUGGUUCAAAGUCCAAAAUAUGUUUUGAAAUCAGUUAAAAUUUAGGAAAUUGUAAAUAAAACUGCUAUUUUAACAGGUGGCAACUUGCCGGAAAGAUGUAUAAAGUGGUUUUUCUUAAUUCCAUUCUAAGUAGCCUUGAUAUCCAUGAAAAACCAAUAGAUUUGUUCAAUAGGUUUGUGGACAAGUCAUCCAUCAGUUGUCGGUAAUUUAACAUCUGCAUUUGAUUGUUAAAAACAAAGACACCUGGUAAUUUUAUAUUACUUUGUUGUUAUCAUUUUCUAGAACAUUGAAAAGUUCUGUCGUGUUGAAGCAGGGUAUAGUGGCAUACGAGAUGUAGCCUCUACAGCAGUGUCACAUGAUGAUGUCCAACAGAGUUUUUUCUUGGCAGAAACUCUGAAGUAUUUGUAUUUGAUAUUUUCUGAUGACAGCCUUUUACCUCUGGACCAAUGGGUGUUCAACACAGAGGCCCACCCACUCCCUGUUAUAGGAAAAAUGCAGAAUAGAUAG